UCAGCUCUCCCGGCAGUUCGAGUUUGAGUGUCCGGGCUUGGGCGGGGAAGCCGUAGCUUUGGUCCUAGAAUGCGAGGUCCAUUUCUUUCCCGGCGGGGGUCAUAUCCUCGGGAAGCCGAGCCAUCCCAUCCAGCCGCUUGCCCCAAACGGGGCGCAGGCCGUGGUCACCUCUCAAGCGCCGAAGAUCCAGCCACGCCGCCCCUCUCAGGUGCAGAAAGCCAGCUUCCCCGAGCCCGCCGGGAAGAUUCUUGACUAUCCUCUCGGUCCCGGCAUCUGAGGGCAGGAGCUGCGCCAGGCGUGCGCGAUAGACAGCGGAGAACACCCUCGCCGGACCGCCUGUCCCCCGCCCGGACCCAGACUCAGCGCCGCACCGUCCCCCCGGGGGGGCCCGGCGCAGUCACGCGCACACCCCAUUUGCGCUCACACGCGCGCAAGGCUCACGCUCUCCGCCCCGCACACCUGCGCUCCGCCCCUUGGUCCUGGGCCGGCGACCGGCAAAAGCAUUUGGGAAGCCCGGGCGGUUGCGGAGGCGCCCAUCUCCUCCAACCCAGGCCCGGAGUUGUCCGAAGCCUGCCGCCGCUCCCAACCAACCCGCAUCCCUCUCCAUCCUUCCCUCCCCCCCCCCCGCCGGCUGCGGCACCGGUAUCCGCAGCCACAGCCCGUAGCCGGUGAGGCGGCGAAGGGGGGAGGGGGAGGAAUCAAGGGAUGAGCUCCGGGAGGGCGUCGGGGGCCCCGAGCCGGACUAGGACACCCCUGGAGCCGGAACCCGAGGAGAAGUCGGAGCCAGAACCAAAUCACCGGUACCGGUGUCCUUGGGAGGGACGGAAGCGCGGACGAGCUGGAAAGGGGAACGCUCUGGGCGUCGGGGAAGCAGGACCAGGGUCGUGGAAGAAGGCUUGAGCAGCCUCGGUCUGACCUCCUGCCCCAGGCGGUAUUGGCGAAGCAGCAGCCCUGGCCCGGAUAGCUCCCUAGCUGGGUAGGGGGUGGGGCCGGACCUCUUGAGAUGUGCUUGUUUCGGAUCUUGAGGAUGGCAUUCCUACCCCUCCCCCAUCCCCAGCUGCAGCCCCCUAAACCCAGGAGGCGCCCUGGCCCGCGCUCGCCCCCCAGGGCCUCAUGUCGGAACCACAGCCUGACCUGGAGCCGCCCCAGCAUGGGCUGUACAUGCUCUUCCUGCUUGUGCUGGUCUUCUUCCUGAUGGGCCUCGUAGGCUUCAUGAUCUGCCACGUGCUCAAGAAGAAGGGCUACCGCUGCCGUACGUCCAGGGGCUCAGAGCCUGACGACGCCCAGCUUCAGGCCCCUGAGGACGAUGACAUGAAUGAAGACACAGUAGAAAGGAUCGUUCGCUGCAUCAUCCAAAAUGAAGCUAAUGCUGAGGCCUUGAAGGAGAUGCUGGGGGACAGUGAAGGAGAAGGGACAGUGCAGUUGUCCAGCGUGGAUGCCACCUCCAGCCUGCAGGAUGGAACCCCCUCGCAUCAUCACACAGUGCACCUGGGCUCUGCAGCCCCUUGCAUCCAUUGCAGCCGCAGCAAGAGGCCCCCGCUUGUCCGUCAGGGCCGCUCCAAGGAAGGAAAAAGCCGCCCCCGGACUGGGGAGACCACAGUGUUCUCUGUGGGCAGGUUCCGGGUGACACAUAUUGAGAAGCGCUAUGGGCUGCAUGAACGUCGUGAUGGCUCCCCUACGGACAGGAGCUGGGGCUCUAGUGGGGGGCCAGACCCAGGGGGUGGCCAGGGGCCUGGGGGAGGACAGCCAAGGGCAGGGAUACCUGCCAUAGAGAGGCUGCCCCCUGAGAGGCCACAGCCCCAAGCCCUAGCCAGCCCCCCAGUGCAGAAUGGAGGACUCAGGGACAGCAGCCUAGUCCCUUGUGCACUUGAGGGGAAGCCUGGAGCCUCUGCAGAGCCUACACCGAGGACUGGAAGGAGGGGCCCAAGCCCAGGACUGCCCACUCAAGAAGCAAAUGGACAGCCAAGCAAACCAGACACCUCAGAUCACCAGGUACGAAGACAUGGCCAGGGCUGCAGUGGGCUAUGGUGGGCUCAGCAAUUAUUGCCCCCUACUCUGGGGGCACUGAUAUGACCCACCUCCUGUUCUCCCAUUGACCUCCCCCCUUUCAGAUGUCUCCACCACGGGGAGCAGGAGGUAUGUGAGGUGAGUCUGCCUGAGCCCUAAGUCAGGUAAUCUCUUCCUCCCAUCACCUACUUAAACUUCUUAAGCCUAUCAGCUCCCUGAACACCCAGGGUGAACUGCAGGUGUAGUCUUUGUUAUAGUCCUUGGUUUGGUGGUCGGGAGUGGAUGUGUGCUCCAGGGAUAGGGAAGGUCCUGCAGCCACUGGGGUAAAGCUGGGACAGAGCUUGAACAGGAAGCAACACUGUUACUCUUCCUCUCCUCCAAGCCUCAUUCUUCAUUGCGCUGAUGGACCACCAGCUGGCAGGGCCAGGGGUGGGUGGGCAUGAAGGCCCUCCCCUCCACUGGACAGCACUGCUCCCCAGCUGAGGGACCAGCUCUAUUUCCACCUGGAGUUGCACGGUCUCAGGCUGGGGGACCUCAGGAGAGGUUCCCCCCAUCCCUAGCCCCUCACUCUUUCCCUUUCCCCUGCCUGCCAACAGGCUGCCUGACCUGCCUUCCCCAACACCUUGCUCCACAUGCUAGACCAUGGCAGCUGGGAGCAGGCCCCUGCCCUUGGUGGGCCCCUAAAGCAAUAGCACCUUAGGCCCCCUGCCCUCUUGGCACAAGAGGCCCAAGCUCUUGCUUGGCCUUCAUGCCCUUUAUUCACUGUCAAUAAAUCCGCUCAGACCAUUA